CAAGUGAGCAAGAAAAGAGAAGAAGCGUGUUAACACGCACGCACGCGCUUCUUCCCUCCCUCCGAGCCGAGUCGAGUUGACUGGUCGGUCUAUUCUCCUCCUCGCCGCUUUAAAGAUAGAGAGAGAGAGACUCAUAUCGCCGCCACAUCUCUCACAUCUCUCUCCUCCACUCCGCUCCCGUCGCCGCCACAUCGCCAUGGACGACGACGCCUCCUCCUACACCUACUGUUGCCACAGCUGCGACAGCUUCGUCCACCCGCACCCCCACCUCGACGCCGCUGUGCUCUGUCCCCACUGCAACGCCGCCGGCUUCCUUCACGACCACGAGAUGCCUCCCGCCGCCGACCACUCCCCGUUCAACCCCCCCGUCAUCGUCCUCCGCCGCUCCGCAUCCCCCGACGACGCCACCACCUUCGAUCUCCUCUACGACGACGGCGCCUCCUCCGCCCUCCGCCCCCUCUUCGACCGCCUCCUCCUCCGCAUCCCCUCCGCCUCCGACAACCCCAACCCCCCGGCCUCCAAAGCCGCCGUCGACUCCAUGCCCACCAUCCUCAUCGGGGCCUGCCACCUCGCCGCCGACUCCCACUGCGCCGUCUGCAAGGAACCCUUCCACCUCGCCGCCGAGGCCAGGGAGAUGCCCUGCGCCCACAUCUACCACCACAAUUGCAUCCUCCCCUGGCUCGCUCUCCACAACUCAUGCCCCGUCUGCCGCCACCGCAUGCCCACCGAUGACCACGACUCGACCAAUGCUGCUGCUGCUCAGGCUGCCGCCGGAAGCAGCGACGAGGACGCCACCACCGUGGGUACUCUCACCAUUUGGAGGCUUCCCGGUGGGGGAUAUGCGGUUGGGAGGUUUGCUGCUGCUGGUGGGACAAGAGCCGGUGAGAGGGAGCUCCCGGUUCUCUACACCCAGAUGGAUGAUGGCGGCUUCAACGGCGGCGGCGGCUCGGGCUCGCCGACGAUGAUCGGGUGGUCAUCUAGAGGGAGUCGUUCGUCCCAGAGACAGAGAAGCAUCAUCCCACGCUUGUUUCGCAACAUGUUUGCAUGCUUUAGGCAUCAUGAUGCAACUGCAGAUUCAGGAGAUUAUUCCUCACGGGCUGGGAGGAGAUCCUCCUCCUCUGUCUUCACCCGCAGCCUGAGGAGCCAGAUCACGAGCUGGAGAUCGGAAGAUGGCCACCCCGAUGCCAUUGCUACUAGAUGAUAAUGGUGGUAUGAUUUGGAAAUUGAUCAUCACCUGCAUCUUUUUGCUACCUUUUGCUUGAUGAUUUUGUGUAAGUAGUAGAUAAUAUCAAGAAAGAUAUGAUGAGUAUUAUUGUUUGUAGGCAUAGCAAAAUUGCUGCUUAAUUUGUACAUAUAGCAGAUUGUUCAGGUAACAAUGUAACAUUACAAUUCAAAUAUCAUAUAUCUUUGGUUUGCCUAUUCAAUGAUGAGCAAGAGAAUUUGUUACUUGAAUGAGCAUUUGGGAAUUGGGAUAGUUAGAGCUUCGAUUGUUUGUAGCAACCAAUGUGGUUGCUUUUCAACUCUAGUCAUUUCAGUGUUUGUAUUCUACUAAUGUAAUUUACUUACAGCCUAUUGAUGGUCAAUGUUCAGAAAUUUUUGUGCUUCA